AUGCCAAAGGAACUUCAGAUGGUGAGGAACUUAAUAGAAGUUGCUAUGAGUGGUUGCAAUCUCACUGGAUUCAUGCCAUUAUCACUAGGAACAUUUACUAAUAUAUCAAAACUCACUUUAAGUAACAACCAAAUUUCUGGCCACAUUCCUUCUGAAAUAGGCAAGUUAGUCAACCUUGAGGUACUAGCUCCAGAUUCUAAUAGCCUUUCUGGAUCCAUUCCUUGGGAAAUAUGCAAUUUAGUCAACCUCGAGAUACUAGCUCUUGAUUCUAAUAGCCUUUCUGGAUCCAUUCCUUGUGAAAUUUUCAAGUUUCUUAACCUUGAGACACUAACUAUUGGUAAUAAUAGUCUUUCUGGUUCCAUUUCUAAUUUCAGAGGAGUUAGAAAACUUAUCUUUGUUGUACAAACUCUCGAAAAGUAA